GAAAGUUUAAGUACUCAAGAAAUGUCAAGACCAGAACAGCUUGCACCCCCAGAGGUGUUCUAUAACGAUACCGAAUCGUUUAAGUAUACCUCAUCGACCCGUGUACAACACAUCCAAGCUAAAAUGACCUUGAGAGCCUUAGAAUUGUUAAAUUUAGAAAGUGACACCCCCCAUUUCAUAUUAGAUUUGGGAUGUGGUUCUGGAUUAUCAGGAGAAAUUCUCACAGAAGAAGGAUAUAAUUGGGUAGGAAUGGAUAUUUCGCCUAAUAUGUUAGCAACUGGGUUAGAUAGAGAAGUUGAAGGGGACUUGUUUUUAAGCGAUUUAGGUAAUGGUGUUCCAUUCAGAGCUGGUACUUUUGAUGCUGCUAUAUCUAUUUCUGCAAUCCAAUGGUUAUGUAAUGCUGAUUCUUCUAACGUUGAUCCAAAAAAGAGAUUAUUAACAUUUUUCAAUACUUUAUAUGCAUCAUUGAAAAGAGGUGGGAAGUUUGUAGCUCAAUUCUAUCCUAUGAAUGAUGCACAAACCGAAUCUAUUUUGGAUGCUGCUAAAGUGGCCGGUUUUGGUGGUGGUUUAAUCAUCGAUGAUCCAGAAUCUAAAAGACACAAGAAAUUCUAUUUGGUUUUAACUGCCGGUCAAUCUGAAAGAACUAUCAAUUUGUCAGGGGCACAAAUGGAUGCUCCAGAAGUUAAAAAGAAGAUGAAUAAAAAAUUAAUGAAGAAGUUAGAGUCUAAGAAAGAGUUCAUCAAUAGAAAGAAGGAUAUUAUGAGAAAAAGAGGUAGAACCGUUGCCCAUGACUCCAAGUUCACUGCCAGAAAGAGACGUCCUCGUUUUUAGAUACUCUUAUCUUACUCUUUUCUUGUCUAUAUGGGUUGUCUCUAAUAUCUGUUUAUGGGAAUUCAUUGUACAUUACUUUUUUGCAUCUUAAAAGGACCUUCUCCUGAACUUGUUUUCGCUCAGACUUAGCCAGUUCAAAUCUUGAAGAGUUCUUAUCAACCUCUCUUGCUUAUUAAUCAUUUAUAUUGUAUACUAGACUAUCAU